UAAUUACGUAUUUACAAAAUAUAUGGUUCCGAAGGAUGAACUGGGCAGUUCUAAUAAGAUUUCAUUCUUGAACAAAAAUCCAUUUUUUGAUUUAUUUCAUCUAUUCCAUGACCAGAACAGGGGGGGAUACACGUUACACCACGAUUUUGAAUCAGAAGAGAGAUUUCAAGAAAUGGCAGAUCUAUUCACUCUAUCAAUAACCGAGCCGGAUCUGGUGUAUCAGACCCAAUCAGGCCUAUCUAUAUUGUUGGAGCAGCGGCAUUAGUUUCAGGGGAUUAUAAAUGAUCAGUUUUCUCAUAUUCAGCAUUUGAAAAUGGUUGGAAGAGCUGACCAUUUUGUGCAGUUGAUCAAUAUGUUCUGCCUCGAAGUGGAAAGCAUCUUAUCACAACUUGCAAGCUACAUUGAUCUCCCUAAUGUGGAUUUUUCUAAGUUGGCUGUUCUGGCUGCAGAACUAGGGGAGAGAAGCUCAUGUAUUGGUGCUGAGCACGUGAGACUCACAUGCAUGGAUCUAAUGCAGGCUUGUGAUCAGAUGCAGAAGCAAAAGUAUGAAACUUUCUUCUUCCUUCAGGCCUUGAGUUGGACAAAGAAUGAAUUCACUCAUACCCGUAACAAGUUGCAGGUACUUGUCCAGUGGUUGUUAAUUCUACUUGCCUGGGCUGCAUUGAAUGCAGAUGGAGCGGAGGAUUAUCAGACUUGCAGCAAAACAACAAAACUAGGGAUGCCGCAUAUCAAGUGUACUUUAGUGUGCCUGUAGAAAUUUCCACCAAAUCUUAGUCAUUUCCUUGGGGAAGUGGAACCAUUUAGAAAACUAGAAUAAAUAAUCUACUAGUAAUCUUUUAUACUUCUCAUGGAAAACAGUAAACAGUUUAAAAUUCUGGCACCUGCUUGUUCAUGUAUUUAGUCCUAUGUUUAUAUAAACACUAUA